CAUUUCCAGUUUCCUCUUCCUUAGCUGAUAUCGAACAAAAUGGCCGGAAUUUUCACCGUCGGAAUGUUGCCGGACGACUGUCUUUCCGCCAUUCUCUCUCUCACAACUCCCGCCGACGUCGGGAAAGUAUCCCUCAUCUCGCCGGCGUUCCGACUAGCGGCGGAAUCCGACGUCGUUUGGGGAAGAUUUUUGCCUGAAAACUACGCUCGGAUUAUCGGCGCCUCUGAUAUCUCCGACGAAGUUCCGUUUGGGUCGAAGAGAGAGAUCUUUUUCCGGCUCUGUUCUCCGAUCCUCAUCGACGGCGGUAAAACGAGCUUCGAGUUGGAUAAAUUUUCCGGGAAAAUCUGUUAUAUACUGUCAGCAAGAGAAUUGGGUAUCACAUGGAGCUCUGAUCCACUCUGUUGGAGCUGGAAACCGCAUCCAGAAUCCAGAUUUUCAGAAGUGGCAGAGCUAAGAACAGUGAGCUGGCUGGAAAUCCAUGGAAGAAUAAGGAGACGGAGGCUGUCGCCAAACACAGAGUACGGAGCUUACCUUCUAGUGAAGAUAACAGAGAGAGCGUAUGGGUUGGAUUUGAUGGCGGCGGAAGUUUCGGUGGCGGUGGGGAAUGGAGGGCGGAUUUCAGAGGGCAGCGUAUGGCUGCAGCGGAAACAGAGGAAGGAGGAAGAUUUAGAGAGCUUGUUUUAUGGGAACAGAAGGGAAAGAGUGAGGAAUCUAAUGGGAACAGAGGAAGAAGAAGAAAGCAAUGGAAUAAGGGGUUUGAAGGAGAGAGAUGACGGUUGGUUUGAGAUUGAAUUGGGAGAGUUCAUGAGUGGGGAAGAUGAAGAUGAUGAAGAUGUUCAUAUGAGUUUAAUGGAGAUUAGAGGCUUUCAGCUCAAAGCUGGAAUCAUUGUUGAAGGGAUUCAAAUUAGGCCUAAAAAUUGAUAAUCCUCCUCUAUUUGUUGUUGACCCGAGGACUCGUUCUCCUUCCCCUUCUUCAAACUCCAAUUCAAAUGGUUUAUAGGGAAAUCUCUUAUCAACGAUAAAACAAAAUCCAUUUUGUAUCGUAUCUAAGAGAUUCUUGGGUUCGGGCAAAAGAAGCAGCAGCGUAGAUUGAGCGUAGAUUGAGUCAUGUAUAAUAUAUAUAAUAAAAUAUCUAAGAGUGAACGACCCUUUUGUAA